AUGUUGUACUUGGGCACAAAUAUCGGCCGCUUGAGAGCAGAUGAGAUAAGAAAGGAAGGACAGUAGAGGAGAGCACAAGCACGAACAUGGAGGCAGCAAGCUCUGUGCUGCCGAGCUCUUCGAAACCCCACUUGCUUUUCAAUUCGUCUAAACCCUCUUCUUCGUCUCCAUUCGGGAAAUGCCCACUUCUUGGUUUCCUCCCUCAGAGUUUUCGCCCAUUUCCCCCAGGCUCCCUUGUUCGUGCUGCUUCUGCUGCUGCUUCACCCCUCUCCCUCGGAGAAGUUGUUGAAAAGCCUACGGACUCACCGUCGCCGCCUACUUCGUCUUCCAAAGAAUUUUUCCCCAAAAUUGACAAGACUGGGAGGUUUUGCAGUCCCCGUGCCGCCAGAGAGCUCGCUCUGUCAAUCCUUUAUGCGGCCUGUUUAGAGGGUUCCGACCCGGUUCGCCUAUUUGAGAAGCGAAUGAAUUUCCGAAGAGAACCUGGCUACGGGUUUGACAGCACAUUGCUAACCAAGUACAAUCACAUGAGCUUUGGAGGAUCCCCUGUCACUGUUGAAACAGCUGAAGAAGCUGAGGAGCUUAUGCACAUUGAUGACAAGGAGUCUGCAAUUGAGGCAGAGGUACUUACAGCUCCUCCAAAGUUGGUAUACAGCAAACUAAUUUUGCGCUUUACAAGGAGACUUCUAGUAGCAGUCGUGGAAAAGUGGAAUAGUCAUGUCCUUGUUAUUGAGAAAGUUGCCCCAGAUAAUUGGAAGAAUGUGCCAGCGGGCAGAAUCUUGGAGCUCUCUAUUCUUCACUUGGCAAUGUCUGAAAUAACUGUGCUAGGAACAAGGCAUCAAAUAGUCAUCAAUGAGGCUGUGGAUAUGGCAAAACGCUUCUGCGAUGGGACAGCCCCUCGUAUAAUCAAUGGUUGCCUCAGGACGUUCUUCAAUGGUCUUGAAGAGGACGGCAAGCUUCUGGGAUUACAAAAUAAGAGGUCACCGCUUAGGUGAAUCUUCCGUUCAGCAAGUGUGUUAUAGUAGCGAAUUUUGUAGAAGGAAUCUCAUAGUAAAGAGUUUUUCCUGUGUUUUGUAUUGGUUCAAAACCACAAGAAGAGAUGUUUCUUUAGGAGGAUGAAGGAGUCUUGUUAACAACUAGUGGGGGAAACGGGAUUCGGAAUCUUUAUUCUGGUAAAUUAGAGGAUAACAUGGCAUGUGGCGAUGUUAAUCUUGUACUACUAGUAGUUGGAGGGUUGGACAUUAUUGGGCAUGUUUGUUGUGGGUAAUAAAAGAAAAAGUUUAGUAAA